GCGGCGAGGCCGGGGCUUAGCUGCCACGUGAGUUCUCGAGCGGCCGCUGGAACACACACGGCAGGCAGCAUGUCGGCAACAGCGGCGUCUCGGAAGCGGGGAAAGUCUGCGCUGGGGAGCGGAGCCGGUGCUGGCCCCGGCAAGCGACGCCGGAAGGCAGACUCUGCGGGGGACAGGGCCAAGUCCAAGGGUGGAGGCAAGAUGAAUGAGGAGAUCUCCAGCGACUCCGAGAGCGAGAGCCUGGCUCCAAGGAGAAGAGAGGAGGAGGAGGAGGAGGAGGAGCUGGAGGAGACUGCCCAGGAGAAGAAGCUGCGCUUGGCCAAACUCUACCUCGAGCAGCUCAGGCAGCAAGAGGAGGAGAAGGCCGAGGCGCGCGCAUUUGAGGAGGACCAGGUGGCAGGGCGCCUGAAGGAGGACGUGCUUGAGCAGAGGGGCAGGCUGCAGAAGUCAGUGGCAAAGGAGGUCCAGGCCCCAGCCCCGGCCGACAUUCGGGUUUUGCGGGGCCACCAGCUCUCCAUCACCUGCUUGGUCAUUACCCCUGACGACUCGGCCAUCUUUUCCGCUGCCAAAGACUGCACCAUCAUUAAGUGGAGCGUGGAGACCGGACGGAAGCUGCAUGUGAUUCCUCGUGCCAAGAAGGACACUGAGGGGCAGCCCCCUGGCCACAGCAGCCAUGUCCUUUGCAUGGCCAUCUCCUCCGACGGCAAGUACCUGGCCUCGGGCGACCGCAGCAAGCUCAUUCUCAUCUGGGAGGCCCAGAGCUGCCAGCACCUGUACACCUUCACAGGACACCGGGACGCCGUGUCGGGGCUGGCGUUCCGCAGAGGCACCCACCAGCUCUACAGCACGUCGCACGACCGCUCCGUGAAGGUGUGGAACGUGGCGGAGAACUCCUACGUGGAGACGCUCUUUGGGCACCAGGAUGCCGUGGCCGCCCUGGACGCCUUGAGCCGGGAGUGCUGUGUGACGGCGGGGGGCCGGGACGGGACGGUGCGCGUGUGGAAGAUCCCUGAGGAGUCCCAGCUUGUCUUCUAUGGCCACCAGGGCUCCAUCGACUGCAUCCAUCUCAUCAAUGAGGAGCACAUGGUGUCGGGUGCAGAUGACGGCUCCGUGGCUCUGUGGGGCCUUUCCAAGAAGCGGCCCCUCGUCGUGCAGCGAGAUGCCCAUGGACUGCGUGGGGAGCCGGGCCUGGAGCAGCCCUUCUGGGUGUCGUCAGUGGCAGCGCUUCUCAACACAGACCUCGUGGCCACAGGCUCCCACAGCUCCUGCGUGCGGCUUUGGCAGUGUGGGGAGGGCUUCCGGCAGCUGAGCCACCUCUGUGACAUCCCCCUGGUGGGUUUUAUCAACAGCCUCAGGUUCUCCAGCACGGGGGACUUUCUGGUGGCUGGGGUCGGGCAGGAACACAGGCUUGGCCGAUGGUGGCGGAUCAAAGAGGCGCGCAACUCGGUGUGCAUCAUCCCUCUGCGCAGGGCCCCGGCGCCCGAAGCUGCUGGCUCCUGAUGGCUCUCCCUCCUUAUUUAAGUCCCUCCCAGGCCAUGGCCACUCCCCGCCCCCGUUUGUAGUAAAUCUUCCUCUUUUGGA